AUGACAAGCAAGGGUCGCGUUCACAACCCAUUUCUUGAUUUGGAAGCAGACGUUGAUGAUGGGGAAGAGAUGAGUGAAGACGACGAGGCUCAAGAACCUGAAGACGAUGAGGCUCAAGAGGCUGAAGACGAUGUGGCUCAAGACGACGAGGCUGAAGAUGACGAGGUUGAAGUAGGCGAGGCAGCAGGGGACGAUAUCGCAAUGCAUCUCUUAUAUUCAGCGAUGGCUCGUGAGGACGAUGAGGAUGAUGAUGAUGUGGUGGAAUUGACACAUCAAUAUCAGGAAAGGGCUCAUAGGGGUAGGGAGAGUGCAAGUCGUGAUCAUGCUGUGGAGGCCGAAGAACGUCCUCCUUUGCCCAAUGAGCACUGCCCUGGGAUCUGGAUGCUUCGUACCAAGUCGUUGGCAGAUCAAGACGAAAAUCAGAAUGCCGUCGAUGAGCCACGGAGUCAUUCCGUGUACUCCAUCUUUGUCUCAGAGAAUCAGUCCUGCAUCGAUGAGGCCGAUAGGAUCUACGUCGAAGCUAAGAGCAUGCAUGACAUCUUGAAGAUUUCUUCUGUGGUAUCCCAUCUGAUCCUCAGUAUGCCAGCAAUUGAUCUCGUGUACGUCGAGGAAGUGAAGGAAGAAUGCAUCAUUGUAUGGCAUAUUCAAAGCGUCGUGCAAAGCAUCCUGCACCGAGUCUACGGUCCUCAUACUGUCCAGGAGCAGAUGCCUGAUCAAGAUAAUGGAAUGAAGAUGUACAUGUUCAAGAAGAAAUUAUUCAAAGACGGACUUCUCUGUGUGUCAUGCGAGGUGGAACAGCUGAGGUUACUUGACGGUACACCUAAUUGGGUUUACUUUGCCAGCCUUGCAAUCGAUGAUCACGUUCGUGUCACUGAGGGGGAGCUGCAAGGCAUCAAAGGAAUCAUACAGAGCAUCAUAGGCGAGUCCGUUGAAGUAGCGUACGGUCCCAGUCAAUCCCAGGUUGCGGUGCAGGAUACCAAAGUGAGAAUGUCCAGUUGGGUGCUCCAAUACGAUUGGUUGCUGCAAUACUCAGUCAAAGCCCACAGAAAGAAUCGUGCAACAUAUCAGCAUUUUGUAUUGAAGCGCGCAAUGAUCAGCUGGGGACAAUACAAAGCACACAAAGGGUUCAUCAAAGAUGAAUACAACGGCGUGUAUCAAAUGGAGCUGGAUGCUCCGAGGGGUGUUGUAGUGUGGCUGAAGCCCAGCGAGUUCAGAUAUUUGAGCGAUCAACAAGAUACUCUGCCAUUGGGUUAUGCAACAUCUAGCAUUCCGUCAUCAUCUGGCAUUCCGUUAGCUAGUCAGGACAUUUCUGCUACACCGCCUUGGGUAUCAGACACUUCAGAUGAUCAAUCUAAUGAACCUCUGGCUGCUGCAUGGGACCCAUCAUCAAGGGACCCAUCGUCAACUGGGGACAAUCCAACAGACCAAUAUGCUGCGCUCACUUUACAUCCACAGGACAACACAUUGUUUCUUUUUCACCCGUGGGUGCAGAAAAUGUUGCCAAUUUUGAAGCGACUUACGCUCACGAUCUGCAACACGAAAGGCACAUCUCCUGAAGCCCAAUGGGAGCAAGGACAAUAUGAGGACAAAGGGGUCACUGUCUGUCUCAAAGAGCUGAUUGAGAGCAAUACCGAUCACAUACGUGUCAAAGCCUAUGGGUGA